AUGGCAAUCCUAUCAUCAGCAAUCGUGCUGCUAGCUCUUGCUGGCAGCAAUGCUGCCGCUGCCGUGGCUUUAACAACCUCGAGCUCGGCUGCCGCUGCAGCCAAGACCGGCGCGACAUUCGAGAGUGGGUUUGAUAUCCGGAGCACCUGGGCUAACCUGGCUCCUUAUGCUGAUUCUGAUGGAUACGGGGCCCCCAAAGGCUCCCCCCGCAAUGUACACCUGCUCGCUCGCCACGGAGAGCGGUAUCCUACUUACAAUGAGAUUGAUGGUGGCAUCAUUGAGAACUUUGCCUCAAAGUUAGCCAACUUCUCUGCGAAGCAUCCCAAGACCGCGAUAGGUACUGGCCCACUGGUGUUUUUGAACUACUGGGACUACUUGUUGGAAUUGGACAGCUUGCUCCCAAUGGGUGCUUCGACCUCAGCUAGCUCGGGCGCAGAGCUCUGGAGCAGGUACGGCCGCCUGCUCUACCGUGCCGACCGGACUCAAAGGAAGUGGGAAAACUCGAUGAAUGUAUACCCCAAUGGCACUGCUCGCCCGAAACCUAUCUUCCGAACAACCAACUACCCGCGAGUCUUCGAGAGUGCCAUGUGGUUCUUGAGCGGUUUCUUUUCAAACACGGACGCCAACAAUUCAGAGGGCGAUUACGAUCUCGUCAGCAUCCCCGAAGUAGCUGGCUUCAACAACACCCUUGCUUCGUAUGAGGCCUGCACUGAAGGCGAAACCGCCGAGGAAAUCGCUCUGUUAACCUUUAUUGCCACUUUCACCAAGACCCCACUCAAGCGUCUUACCAAGUAUUUCCCCAGUGGCUUCAAUCUACAAGCCGUGGACGUCUACGCUAUGAUGAACCUGUGCCCAUAUGAAUCUGCUUUGCUAGGUGAUUCCUCCUUCUGCUCGCUGUUCACCGAAGAUGAAUGGCGCAGCUUCGAGUACGCCCUUGACCUGGAGUUCUACGGCGUUUAUGGCUGGGGAUCUCCUAGCGGUCGUGCCCAGGGUAUCGGUUACGUGCAGGAGCUGGCAGCCCGCUUGGAGGGACGUGUGAUCCCGGUCAGCCGCUCCAGUAUCAACUCGACAUGGGACGACAACACGAAGACAUUCCCACUGAACCAGCCUCUGUACAUGGACAUGUCUCACGACAACACGAUCGUCUCUGUGCUCACUGCUCUCAACCUGAAGUACUUCAAUUAUGGUCCCAAUGGCUUGCCUGGCAAUGUUGCCACUCCACCCGCCCGCACCUUUAACCUAGCGGAACUUGUUCCCUGUGGCUCUUGGCUCGCUUCUGAAAUCUGGACUUGCCCCAGCGAUGUAUCUUUCGAGAACCUACAGGAACAGCUGUACAAGAACCCUGAUCUAUCCUCCACAGCAAACACCACGGACUACAUUCGCUUCGUGCUCAACAGCGCUCCCGUGUCGCUGGAAGGGCUGGGUGCUUGCAAUGGAUCGGUCAAUGCGUUCUGCCCUGUCGAAAAGUUCCUUGGUGCUGUUCCUGCCUUGACCGAGGAGGCCAUGUACGCCGAGGCAUGCUUUGGCAGCUACAACAUUACCAGCCAGGUUUCCAACGGUAACCCGAUCACAUCCUAA